AUGUCCAAACAAAAGCUCACGGUCAAUCUAUUGCCCGUUCGUAACGAUCGAUCGAUAUCAGGCGUUGCGCGAACAGUCAACGCAGCCUUCACGUCCGAUCCUCUGAUAAAAUGGCUUCGACCGAGUGCGACACCAUGGGGCUACCAAGAUGCAACGACACAAAAAUGGCAAUCCAGAAGGGUACAAAAUGUGAUGUCCGAGGGCAUUGUUCUACAGUCAGCCAGCGUCGGUCAAAUGGCACACGAAUACCCUCUGCAGAACAAGGCGACAGAGCCUUUGGAUGGCAUCGUCACACCUGAGAAGACAGCUCAGGCAUCAAUUGCCCGGGAUCAAGAGCUUCAGGUCAAUCAGAAUGGCGAUGCUGGUGCGGUUGUAUUCUUGUUCCCUCCAAAUGGACAUCUUCCGUGGUCGCUCUCCUCGAUGUGGCUUGCUUGUAAAUUGUGGUUCCUGGAACUAUUUAACCCGGUCCAAGACAAUUCUAGCAAGGACGAGCGAGUGGAGAUAUUCAUGGCGAGACACAAUUUCGGCAAAAAGGCCCUCCGGGCACGGUACCCCAAGCUGUGGUAUCUUGAAGUGGUUGCCGUACAUCCAUCGCUACAGUCACGCGGACUAGGAGGAGGUGUCAUGAGAGCUAUCCUAGAGCAAGUCAAGGGACAACCGAUCUUCCUGGAAUGUACCCGAGAGGAUAAUAUUGGCUUUUACGAAGGGUUCGGUUUUAAGACUGUAGAAGAGGUGGAGCUUAUAGAUGCUCCAGUGCACGGCAAUGAGGAUGGCAGAUUCAAGUAUUGGGUGAUGAUUCGAGAGGCAGAUAGUACAUAG